AUGAACGGUGAGAAUUUCGGCGCUAGCGAGAGGCUGGUGAACGCGGCCUACGUGCGGCAGGGGGCGCAGGGCCGGCGCGCGCAUGAGCUGCGCCUGCGGGUGUUGCUGGAGCAGGGCAAGUGUCCUGAAGAUGGAUGGGAUGAAAGUACCAUCGAACUCUUUCUUCAUGAACUUGCCAUUAUGGAUAGCAACAAUUUUCUGGGCAACUGUGGUGUGGGUGAGAGGGAAGGAAGAGUGGCUUCAGGAAUGGUUGCCCGUCGGCAUUACAGGUUAAUCCAUGGCAUUGGGAGGUCAGGGGAUAUUUCUGCUGUCCAGCCUAAAGCUGCAGGUUCUAGCCUUUUGAACAAACUUACUAAUUCAAUAGUUCUGGACAUUAUAAAGCUGGCUGGUGUCCGGACAGUGACCAAUUGCUUUGUGGUUCCUAUGGCAACUGGCAUGAGUCUAACCCUGUGUUUCUUAACACUGCGGCACAAGAGACCAAAGGCAAAGUAUAUUAUUUGGCCACGCAUAGAUCAGAAAUCCUGCUUUAAAUCUAUGAUAACUGCAGGUUUUGAGCCAGUGGUGAUAGAGAAUGUAUUGGAAGGUGAUGAGCUGCGCACAGACGUAAAGGCGGUAGAGGCUAAAAUCCAGGAUCUUGGAGCUGAAAAUGUUCUCUGUGUUCAUUCUACUACAUCUUGCUUUGCUCCAAGGGUACCUGACAGACUGGAAGAACUGGCUGUGAUUUGUUCUAAUUAUGACAUUCCUCAUAUUGUCAACAAUGCAUAUGGAGUUCAGUCUUCAAAAUGUAUGCAUCUCAUCCAGCAGGGUGCUCGAGUAGGUAGAAUAGAUGCUUUCAUCCAGAGCUUGGACAAAAAUUUUAUGGUUCCAGUAGGUGGUGCUAUCAUUGCUGGCUUCAAUGAUUCCUUCAUCCACGAUAUCAGCAAGAUGUACCCAGGAAGAGCGUCAGCAUCUCCUUCCUUAGAUGUCCUCAUUACACUAUUGUCCCUGGGUGAAAGUGGCUACAGACAGCUACUAAAAGAGAGAAAGGAAAUGUUUUCCUACCUUUCAAGUCAGCUGAGGAAGCUAGCAGAAGUCUACAAGGAGAGGCUGUUGAACACACCACACAAUCCUAUUUCCUUAGCUAUGUCUCUAGAGAACCUAGAUAAACACAGUGACAUGGCUGUUACUCAGCUUGGAUCUAUGCUUUUCACAAGACAAGUUUCAGGAGCAAGGGUGGUUCCCCUUGGGUCUUUGCAAACAGUGAAUAACUACACUUUCAAAGGCUUUAUGUCACAUACAAAUUACUAUCCCUGUGCUUACCUCAAUGCUGCUUCAGCAAUUGGAAUGAAAAAGCAAGAUGUAGAUCUGUUCCUAAAAAGACUGGAAAAGUGUAUGAAGACUUUUAGAAAAGAAAAGAGCAAUGGAAAAGAUGUGCCUGAAAUGGAUAACUGUACUAAACAUACAAGUACGGGAGAAACUGAAGACUAG